CGGGGAGUCAGAGGCAGCCGCAGGCUUCAGGGCUGUGUGUGGCAGAGCUGGAGCUCCUGCCAAGCUGGUUUAACCCUCCCACGGUUGUUGCUGGCCGUAAGAAACAAAUGGAUCAGUCUGAAGGGAGCCCCGUGGAGCUUUACUAUUCCAUACAACCAGGAGAUGAGAAAGGGGAAUGCACCAAGGAGGAUGUGAGGAAAAGUAAUGGGAUCCGAUCAGGGCGCAAUGACAUUGAUGAGUCAGGACCUCCCUUGCAGAGGAUUGGAAGUGUUUUCCUUUACCAGACACAUGCUGCCCCUUCUUUAAGUGAAAUGAGAUUGGAUAAUAAUAUUGUCAUCCAGUAUGCACCAAAGACUGUCAAGCAAGGUGACAUUUUGACUUUCCUUGUAUCUGUUGCUAAAAACUCAACAGAAGAUCAGUUCACAUUGAGGGCCAAG